AUGUCCCAAACCAGUAAUACCCCUGACGGCACAGCCUUCUCCGCCCCACCGCCCGUACUACCUACCUCUUAUGACCCCAGUCGUCCCAAGGUUCGGCUUCCGAAAUGGAACGGAAAUCUCGCCGAAUUCGACAUCUAUUCCCUCGGCUUGAUGAACAUCCUUGCCAACCCUCCACAAAAGAAUCAGCUCGGAGAUGAGCGUACCAUCUGCAUCACUAUCUUCACCGAGUUACCCCCGAAUGGCGCCAACCGGACCAAGGCUUGGAUGAAAUUGCGCCACACGGACGGCGCCUGGGAUUCUGACAACCUCCUCAAGCACCUUAACGAGUCGUUCGAAGACAAAGACUCCACCCAACGCGCAGCCCGACGUCUGUAUGCGGUCCGCCAAGGAGUGGCCCAGCCGUUUGCCCAGUAUCGCCAUGUCUUCGAGACAUACUGCGCCGACGCCGACAUCCUUGCCCCUACCGGCGCCGCCAAAGUCAACACUCUGCUCCGCGGACUUUCUUCCUUUGUCACCAUUGCCCAGGCUCUCGCCACCCAGUUAGAAGCACUGCCCCGAUUUCAAGCCAACGCCAACGUUCAGAACCAGGUCGAAUGGUAUGACUCUUCCAUCACCGUGGAUCUCCCUGCCAACCGCACCAACGGCCCCACGUCCCAAGCACCUAUCCGCACCCCGGCCACCCAGACCCAAGUUGACCAAGACGGUGACACCAUGAUGAGCGAGGUCAACCAAAUCAAGACCAACUCCUCCGCCGACCUUGUCUCUAUUGUUCAAACUAUAGUGGCCGCACUGGCUGGACAACAACAAAAUGGGUCUAACAGGUCCUCGUCCAACAACAACGGUUCGGGCCGCAGCAAGUAUACCGAGGACUCUCGCCCUCGGGCUCCGUGGGUCGACCAAACCACGCGUGACCGCCGUUCCGAGAACCGCCAGUGUGUUCGCUGUGGCAAGACUCCCUCUCAUCGCUUCAGAGAAUGUGAAUACAAGAGCUUUCCACCCAACGCCCCUGCCGGUGUCAACGGCGUCAACACGAAGGCGGAAAACGAGUAG